AUCACUAUCAGAUAUUGUUUUCUAUUAAUUCCAUCAAUUUCAACAGGUGCGGAACCCUAAUUGAAAUUAACCAUGGCACAGGACAGUUCAGCUUUGAAACCUACAGAGCAGUUCAAACUUAUACCAAAAAUUAUAAACGGAGGCAUUGCCGGAAUUAUUGGAGUGUCCGUGGUUUUUCCGCUUGAUUUAGUUAAAACAAGAUUACAAAAUCAAGUUGUUAGUUCGAGUGGCGAACGCAUGUAUAAGUCAAUGUUUGACUGCUUCAAAAAGACUUAUAAAACAGAGGGUUACUUCGGAAUGUAUAAGGGAUCCGCUGUAAAUAUACUGUUGAUCACACCUGAGAAAGCAAUUAAACUUACUGCCAAUGAUACAUUUAGGCACUAUCUUUCUCUUGGACCUGGACAACAAUUGCCAAUAGAACGUGAAAUGCUCGCUGGCGGCUUGGCAGGAGCAUGUCAAAUAAUUGUUACCACUCCAAUGGAACUGCUUAAAAUACAAAUGCAAGACGCUGGCAGAGUCGCCAUGGCAGCUAAAGAAGCGGGUAAAGUAGUGCCAAAGAUAUCCGCUUGGUUGUUAACGGUAGAUCUACUUAAGAAACGAGGUAUACUGGGGCUAUAUCAAGGAACCGGUGCCACGGCACUCAGAGAUAUUACGUUCUCCGUCAUUUACUUCCCGCUGUUCGCUAGAUUGAAUAAUCUUGGGCCAAAACGAGAAGAUGGUUCGUCUGUAUUCUGGUGUUCAUUCCUUGCCGGAUGCGCCGCCGGAUCAACGGCUGCAUUAAUGGUAAACCCAUUCGAUGUAAUCAAAACUAGACUGCAAGUUAUUAAAAAAGCACCAGGUGAUCCAACGUACAAUGGAGUGUUAGACUGCAUACUGAAAACAUUUAAGAACGAGGGACCGACAGCAUUUUUCAAAGGCGGCGCUUGCCGGAUGAUAGUCAUAGCGCCGUUGUUCGGAAUUGCACAAACCGUCUAUUAUCUCGGUGUAGCUGAGUGGCUGCUGGGAUUAAAGUGAAAUCGCCAUAUCGCCAAUUCGUGCCGUUUAAAUGCUCUGGGAAAACUGACAAUAAUUGUUGUAGAUAGUAAUUAUAUUUUUGCUUAAAAUUUUUAUUCUUUAUUAUCACAAUAAGAAUGAUGUUAAAUAGGAUCUCGCAAUCGCUUAUAUACAAAAGGAGGUAAAAAGGUAUAAUUAAUUAAAACUGUCGUAAUUCUCACAAGAGCCGCAAAUUAUAAUAAAUUCGUAUAUGAUUGAAUGAAUGGACAUCUAUGUUUUAUGUCCAUAUC